UCGGGGGCCGCCGCUGCCCCGGCUGCCAUGAGUUGUGCGGAGGUGAUGUAUCACCCCCAGCCGUAUGGAGCGCCCCAGUAUCUGCCCAACCCUGUGGCAGCUGCAACCUGCCCCACAGCCUACUACCACCCGGCGCCCCAACCUGGCCAGCAGAAGAAGUUAGCGGUAUACAGCAAGAUGCAGGACUCUCUGGAAGUCACCCUUCCCAGCAAACAAGAGGAGGAGGAGGAUGAGGAGGAGGAGGAGGAGGAGGAGGAGAAAGACCAGCCUGCCGAGAUGGAGUACCUUAACUCUCGCUGUGUCCUUUUCACUUAUUUCCAGGGAGACAUUGGGUCAGUAGUGGAUGAACACUUCUCAAGAGCUUUGGGCCAAGCCAGCACCCUCCAUCCAGAAUCUGCCAUUUCAAAAAGCAAGAUGGGGCUAACCCCACUAUGGCGAGACAGCUCAGCUCUCUCAAGCCAGCGGAAUAGUUUCCCGACUUCCUUUUGGACCAGCUCUUACCAGCCCCCACCUGCACCCUGCUUGGGGGGUGUUCAUCCUGACUUCCAGGUCACUGCACCCCCUGGCACCUUUACUGCGGCCGACCCCAGCCCCUGGCCAGGACACGGCCUGCAUCAGACUGGCCCAGCCCCUCCCCCGCCCGCAUCCGAGUCCUGGCACUAUCCUUUGGCAUCUCAGGUGAGCCCAUCCUACAGCCACAUGCAUGAUGUGUACAUGCGGCACCACCACCCCCACGCCCACAUGCACCACCGCCACCACCACCACCACCACCACCACCCUUCUGCUGGCUCUGCCCUGGAUCCGUCCUAUGGGCCCCUGCUGAUGCCAUCAGUGCGUGCAGCCAGGAUUCCUGCUCCCCAGUGUGACAUCACAAAGACAGACCCGACUACAGUCACCACUGCUACCUCAGCGUGGGCCGGAGCCUUUCAUGGAACCAUGGACUUAGUGCCAAGUGUGGGGUUUGAAACAGGUCUACAGCAUCAAGACAAGAGCAAGGAAUCACCCUGGUACUGAAACACAGUAUUAGCAAGUCAGGUUGAAGUGUGAAUCCAUGGGCCCACUGAGAAAGAGGCUGCCAGGAUUUCCCAUUCUGCAGUGGGACACAAUAGACAUGGAAGAAGAAGAGGAAAUGUCAGCCAGCUAACUUUGGUUUGGAGCCUUUUCUUGAGAAAGCAGAGUGGGUCCUAGACAUUGAAGAAAAGCAUUUUUUUUUAUUUUAUUUUAUUUUUUUCCCUCAUCUGAGCCU